CUGCGCCUCGUCGAGGGCGCCCACGACACGGGGCUGCGCGUGAGCGCCCACCUGCGCGACUUCGAGGUGAAGGACCUGCUCAGCCUCACCCAGUUCUUCGGCCUCCGCUCCGACACCUUCUCCCUGGCUGUCAACUGCCUCGACCGCUUCCUGGCCAGGAUGAAGGUACAGCCUAAACACUUAGGCUGUGUUGGACUGAGCUGCUUCUACUUGGCUGUGAAAGCAACAGAAGAGGAAAGAAAUGUUCCUUUAGCUACUGACUUAAUUCGAAUAAGCCAGUAUAGGUUCACUGUUUCUGACAUGAUGAGAAUGGAAAAAAUUGUAUUGGAGAAGCUAUCUUGGAAAGUCAAAGCUACAACAGCUUUUCAGUUUCUACAGAUCUAUCAUUCGCUCACUCAUGGGAAUUUAAGCUGUGAAAGGAGUAAAUACCUUAAUUUUGAGAGACUGGAAGCCCAACUUAAAGCAUGUCACUGCCGAAUAAUGUUCUCUAAAGCCAAGCCUUCUGUUUUGGCAUUAUCUAUAAUGGCUCUGGAGAUAGAAGAAAAAAAACUACUUGAGUUGAUGGAGGUGUUAAAGUGCCUUCAGACCCAUUCCAAGAUAAGUGACAGAGAUCUGGCUUUUUGGAAGGAAUUAGUAUUAAAGUGCCUUACAGAAUAUUCUUCAAGCAAAUGUUGCAAACCAAAUGUUCAGAAGUUAAAAUGGAUUGUAUCGGGACGUACAGCACGACAACUAAAGCAUAGCUAUGACAGAAUUACACACCUUCCCACCAUCCCAGAAACUGGCUCCUAAUAGGAAUCUUAAGAUGGAAAGAUGACCACUUCUUACAAGUGACUAGUUUAGAGUUCACUUGUAAAAUUGCGAACUGACACCUGAAUCACCAUGGCUCUUAACAUCUGAAGUUCAAUUCUUAGAUUUCUGCAUAUUUCAGUUGUCCAAUACUCUGGACUAAAGAGGUUUGUUUUUUGUUGUGGUUUUUUUGUUUUUGUUUUUUGUUUGUUUGGUUUUUCUCCAGCAAAGGUACUCAAUGUAGAAUUUACAAGAAUGUGAGUAGUAAACAGUCCUGAAGGACAGGACUAAAAUCUGCAUCUCAGUUGUACUUGACAGUAAGGUACCAUGCUAAUUUUAAAGCAUUUAAUAACCUCUUACUAGUUGGUAUUCAACGCAUAGAUAAACUUAUGUAGUCUAACCAGGGUUUACUGUAACUGGAUGCAGUUAAUUCUGUGAAAGUGAUGCUCCUCUACUUAAACCUCCUAUUUGAAACUUGAAGACUUAACUUACUUGUGCAGUAUCUUUAUAGCAUUGUCCUCUAGGAUUGAAGGUCAUUGGGGAAACUACAGUAAGUUCAGUGUACUUACUGAAGAUCAAAGGGUGCAAAAUAGCAGACAAGCCAAAUGCUUCAUUCAAGUGUGCAAGUGGGUAGUCUCAUUAUGGCUAUACUUGGUAAUUCUUACAAUCACUUUCUAAAAGUGUGAUGCACUGAAUUCUUUAUGGUGGAGAUUUGCAGUGCAUAGAUAUAUAGGGUUUACUACUUUAGGGGACCUUAUGCUAAGGUCUUUCUUGAGGCCCCAACUAUUCUUCCUUGGCAGUCGCACCAAAAGAGAGCUGUAACUUAACAGGGAUGACUAAUCAGUUUCAGGCCCUGUGCAGUUGAUCAGUUAGCACUGAUUUUAUUGCUAUUUUGGAGUGUAAAGCUUAAAAAAAUCCUAACCUGGAUACAGCAUUUUUUUUUUUCUAGUCACAAGAUAAGCGUUUCUUGGAGUCAGCCAUUCAAGAGGGAGGUGUAUUCUGGCAUUUUAGAGGUGCAACUUUUUUUGUGGAAGUGGGUGUAUUUGGAACAAACCUUGCCUCUAGCUACUGAACUAAGAAACUGCAUCUAUAUCUGUAACUAUCAGUUUGAAUAGCAUAUGCCAUCUUAAAUGAAGAAUAGAGCUGUACUAUUCUUUUAACAAAAGCCUUGUGCCAAGACACUUUACUCACAGAAUGUUGAGGUAGGCCUGGCUUUAACAUGAAAAAAAGUUAACAACUCUGGUGUUUUGUAAUGUGAGCAGCUGAACCUCUGAUAUAGUGAUCUGAGUACUGUGAAAGAAGACUUUUUGUAGAUCACUAACAUUUGAGUGCAAUAUGAAUUGAGGGAUAGUGAAGAGAAGGCCUGUGAAGAUCAGAGCAUACCAUAGGACUGGGGCUGGUGCACCAGUAUCUGUUCUUCUUUCUCUAAGCCAUAUCCUCAAUCUAAAGCUACAGUAGAACCAUUAACAGAACACAUUCAACCAAAAUUGUACAGGAAAAGCAGAGCAUUUUAUUUUAAUGUGAACUUGAGAUGACUAGUGAACACUGUUAACAAUGCUAUUUCUGCAUUGUAUUACCUACCAACUUACUUUUUGAAAGAAGACAACUUUGUAUGGAAAUAACUCUGAAAGUGCGCGUUGUAGACCUUUAACAAAAGUGCAGUUAUGCCACACUAAGAAAUGUACCUUUUCAAUAAAUUUUAUUGAGAUGCA